AUGCCAGACGAUAGUCGGAUGGUAGCGUGUGAUCUGUGCGGAAAGUGUUACCAUUUUGUGUGUGUCGGUGUGGACUCAAGUGUUCAGGACCGUGAUUGGAGCUGCGAGAAUUGCACCGGAAUCGGAGCGGCAGCUCAAGUCCCAGCCGGAACUUCAACACCAGCGGCCACGGGAGGUAAACCAAAAUCCGGAAGCACGAAGACACACGAUGUUGUUCCGGUUGACAGUCUUCAACGGCAGCUAGCAGAGAUGCUGAAGAAAAUGGAAAGGCAGCAAAAGGAAUUCGAACGGGUUAUAAAGGAAAAAGAUGAUCAACGUCGAGACGCUCUCAGGGAACUCAGGGAGAUAAAUACGAACGAGAGCUACAGGUUUCUGAUCGACGACGGUAUCAGCCAAGCAGAUGUUCUGGUUCAAGAACUGCAGUUACUAGAGGAGAAGCAAGCGCUAGAACGCAGACAUUUGGAAGAGAAGGGUCGACUAUUGAAGCGAUUUGGAGCGUUCGACGGAGGUGCAGCCGAAGGUGCUUCCGGACUCAACCCUCAGGCGAGUGCAGUUCAACGACCUAGUUGUCAUGACGAGGAGAACCUUCUACGCCUCCAGCGAAGCCUGAAAGGGAGAGCAUUGGAUGCGGUGCGCUGUCGACUGCUGCAUCCGUCAAACCUAGCAGGCGUCAUCGCUACAUUGAGGACACUAUUCGGAAGACCGGAAAUCAUUGUCCACUCGCUAGUUGCCAAAAUCUGUGAUAUGCCUGCACCGAAAGCAGAAAAGCUGAGCACGUUGAUUGAUUUUGGAGUCGCUGUUCAAAAUGUCUGUGCCACUAUUACGGUGUCGGGUCUUGAUGAAUACCUUUGUAAUGUAGCGCUUCUACAGGAGCUAACGGAGAAAUUGCCACCUACCGUCAGGCUCAAUUGGGCAUAUCAUCGUCAAACGCUGGCCAGCGUUACCUUGUUGGACUUUGGUGAUUGGCUAGGAAAGUUAGUGGAAGCCGCCAGUGUUGUUACCAUUCCAUCCAUUGGCGUCUCGAAACCGGAGAAACACGGUCGCAGGGAAAAUAAUUACCUCAACGUUCAUUCGGACAGUACCAGUGAAGAACUCAUCCCGAAGAAUCGCUCUGUGGCUGCUUCGAAAAGUUGUACAGUGUGCUUAGGAGAAUGCAGCGGCCCUGAAUCGUGUCGUAAAUUCCUGAACAUGAAUAUCGGAGAUCGAUGGACAGUAGUUAAGGCGAAGAAGCUGUGCCGAAAAUGUCUACAAAAGCAUUUCGGCGCUUGCCAUGUUAAAACGCCGUGUGGAAAGGAUGAUUGUUCGUUCAUGCAUAGCAAGUUGCUACAUGACGACAAACGGUACAAACCCGCAGUGUCCGAGAUGCCAGCUUCGUCGAGUGAAAGUUUGACAACGCAGAGUUGCAAUACUCAUUCGAAUACGGCCGGUAAGAUACUUUUUCGUUACGUGCCCGUGACCAUUUUCGGAAAGGGAAAGACAGUGAAUACUUUUGCCUUCCUCGACGAUGGAUCGUCGGCCACCUUCGUGGAGCACAGUCUAGUGGAAGAAUUGGGCCUCGAAGGGAUACCACAUCCAUUAUGCCUCAAUUGGACGGGUGGACAGCAAAGGGAGGAGAAUGAAUCGGUCAGAUUAGCGCUGAAGAUAUCGGGAACAUUCGAUUCAAGCAGGGUCUACGAACUCUCGAAGGUUCACACGGUACGCAACCUUUCUCUGUCGAAGCAGUCGGUCUCAGUGGAACAAUUGGCAUCCAAAUACAAAUAUCUGCGAGGACUGCCACUAGACUCGUACACUGACGUAUCUCCCAGGAUCCUGAUAGGAAUGGACAAUUGCCGCCUUGGUAACGUACUGCGGAGUUCCGAAGGAGCCGAAAACGAACCUGUAGCAUCCAGAACCCGUCUUGGAUGGCUUGUGUAUGGACCUUGUACGACGGUGUCAACAAACACGACCUAUAGCGGCUGCCAUAGUUUUCACAUUUGUCCGUGCAAUACUGAAAUAGAUAGAAGCUUGGACGGUGCUUUGAAGGAAUAUUUCUCAAUUGAGUCUUUGGGAAUAUCCGGAUCGUUUAAGCCCCUGCUCUCGAAGGACGAAGAGCGAGCGAUGAAAAUCUUAUCCACAGAAACGCAUCUGAAUGAAAACCGCUAUGAGACUGCACUGUUGUGGCGCUACGACAAUGUGCGGUUGCCUGAUAGCCGAGCAAUGGCAUUGAAGCGUCUAGCGUGCUUGGAAAAAAGGAUGAAACGAGACCCCGAGCUAGCUGUAGCGAUGAACACCAGGCUGAAGGAGUAUGAAGAAAAAGGGUAUAUUCGAAGACUUUCAGCGGUCGAGCAAGCGGACAGGCGUCCGAACGAUUGGUACUUACCGGUAUUCCCGGUUAUCAACUCGAACAAGCCCGGGAAGAUACGGAUGGUGUUUGACGCAGCCGCGAAAGUGAACGGCGUGUCCCUCAACUCAGUACUUCUUACGGGACCGGAUCAACUGGUAUCGCUACUUACGGUUUUGUUUAAAUUCCGUGAAUUUCGUUUUGCUGUAGUUGGGGACAUACGCGAAAUGUUUUUUCAAGUGCGGAUGAGGGUGCAAGACCAGCGCAGCCAGAUGAUUUUGUGGAACAGUGGGAACCCCAAUGAAGACCCCGUGACAUAUGUAGUCAGCGUCAUGACGUUUGGGGCGGCAUGCUCCCCAAGCUGCGCACACUAUGUGAAGAACCUGAACGCAGACAGAUUCGUGGAACAGUUUCCCCGAGCGGUUGAGAGCAUCAAAUACGAGCAUUAUGUAGACGAUAUGCUGUGCAGUGUGGAAACCGAGGAGGAAGCCGUACAGCUGGCCAGGGACGUACGUUUUGUUCAUUCGCAAGCGAGUUUCGAAAUCCGGAACUGGUUGUCAAAUUCCAGCAAGGUUACGGCAUCGCUACAGGAAGAUACCACGACGGAGAAGAAUAUCAACCCGUGUACAGAGAUGGCAACGGAGAAAGUGCUUGGAAUGUGGUGGGAUACUGCCAGCGACACGUUUACGUUCAGAUUAUCCCCCAAGCACGAUGCGAAACUGUUAUCCGGGGCCAGGAUGCCCACGAAACGGGAGGUACUCAGAACGCUAAUGGCGAUAUACGGUCCGAUAGGACUAAUCGGAAAUUUCCUAAUGUAUUUAAAAAUCCUUCUGCAGGAAAUUUGGCGCUCUGGAUGCGCCUGGGACGAUGAGAUUGCAGGGAGUUUAGCUGAGAAAUGGUUGACCUGGGUCGCAGUGUUACCUGAUGUACGGAACGUGCGUGUUCCCCGAUGCUACCGAGUCAUCACGUCCGCUAAUACCACGAACGACGUUCAGCUGCAUAUCUUUUGCGACGCAAGCGAAAACGGAAUCGCCGCCGUUGCAUACUUUAGAUUCGAGGAGAAUGGUGUGAUAGAAUGUGCGAUGAUAGGAUCGAAGACGAGAGUUGCGCCGCUGAAAUUCCUGUCGAUUCCGCGGUUAGAGUUACAGGCUGCUGUAAUUGGAGCCCGGCUGGCCGGUAACAUUGCUAGCUCGCACCGAAUUAAAAUCUCGCAACAGAUAUUCUGGACAGACUCCCGGGAUGUGGUAUGCUGGAUACGCUCCGACCACCGUCGCUUUAGUCAGUUCGUGGCAUUUAGGGUGAGUGAGCUGCUGGAAACUACCAGAGUAAACGACUGGCGAUGGGUACCCACCAGAUUAAAUGUAGCUGACGACGGAACGAAGUGGCAGAGGUUGCCGGACUUACGACCCACAAGUCGCUGGUUCUGCGGGCCAGACUUUCUACGAAAACCAGAAAACGAAUGGCCAGGAGAAGGUUGUGACCCAGGGACGACUGUAGAAGAGAUGCGUUCAAGCGUUCUUCACCCGCCAGCCGCUCCCCAUUUCGGAGGUUGCUGGGAGAGGCUAGUGCAGUCGUUUAAAAAGGUUAUGAAGGAGUUCAAGCCACCACGUCUACCAUCCGACGAGAUCCUCAGAUCAAUGCUUAUAGAGAUCGAGAUGAUCAUUAACUCUAGACCGCUUACACAUUUAUCACUAGACACCGAAAGUGAGCCCCCCUUAACACCUAACCACUUCUUGUUAGGGUGUUCGAAUGGAAGCAAGCCCUCGAUCGCAUUCGACGACCGACCCAUGGUGCUGAAGCAGUCGUGGAAGAUGUCCCAGCUGUAUGCUGACGUAUUCUGGAAGAAAUGGGUGGCUGAAUACUUGCCCACCCUGACCAAGAGGACAAAAUGGUUUCAACCUGCAAAACCGAUAGAGGAAGGUCAACUGGCUUUGAUCGUGGACAACGGGCUCCCAAGAAACUGCUGGCCGCGAGGCCGCAUCGUGAAGGUCGUCCGCUCUAGCGAUGGGCAAGUACGACGAGUUACAGUGCAAACUGCAAGUGGAUUGCUGGAGAGACCGGCUGUCAAGAUUGCCAUCCUGGACGUCGAUCCAAUGGAGAAUAAGCCGUUGCAACUCCAACAGCGUACUCGGGGGGAAUGUCACACACCUGCGGCGAGUGCCGAUACUCCGCCGACUGGCAACCGUGACCGACCGAACGUCAUCUGCUUGUCAUCCUCUGAUCUGGACAAUUGA